AUUAUAUUUUUGAAAGGCGUUCAGUUUGCAUCGCGAAUCCCACAUUAUCAAAAUUCCCACCUGUGCUCAGCCUCUAGCCAUAGGGGAAGGCAAAAGAUGGCGCGGUUCGUUUGAAAAAGUGUACGUUACGAAUACGAUUUUUGAUUGCAAAAUCGGUGUGUUUUCCAAGGAAUUUCAACAGGUUAAAAAAAGAGUUUUUCUUAAAAUAAAAGACAAUGGCUUCAUCUAACCUCUCGGAGGUCAUCACGUUGAUUGAGGAUCGGAAAGUCCUCCAAGCUACACAGGAGAUCAGCAGAUGUCUGGAAGAUCAGUCCAGCGCCAAGAAACUGACGCAGUAUGGAGAGACAAUACAAGAGAUGAAACAGAUUGAGACGGAACAGAAAGAGACAUUGAAAGACAUCAUCCGAGGAUACUUGGAGAUGAAGGACCAAAAAGCAGCCUGCGUGUCGCGUGACCAAUCCCAAGAUGCAAUGUCUCCCGAGAUAGCCGAGGUCCAAAGCGACAAAGCCAAGAGCCGAGAGAAACUCAUCUCGUUCCAACAGGAGGUUCAAGCUGUCCAGAGGGAGUUGGAUCACUUGGCAGAUCUGCAAGUGAAACUAGAGACUCACCGGGGUAGUGUUAAGGAACAGACAACCGAAGUCCUCCCUAAAACCAGGUAUAAUGUGAGCCUGUACCAAGCUGCGACAAAGCUGACCUGGGAUUUCAACAGUGAACCGGAGGAAGUCAAAGGCUACAUCUCGACUUCCAAGGACGUCAGACCGUUUUCUCUGGAUAGCCGCCAGAACUCCAAAUUCUUCAUCACCAACUAUCUGUGGGACCUUAUUGAAUCCACAACGGCAUAAAAACAAAAAAGGCUUAAGAGUGGCUUUUGUCAACUUUAGACGCCACUUUUUAAAAAGCUGGUCCCUUUUUGAAAUUCUCUUAAUUCUGUAUCUUAUGAAGGAAAACCAGAAAAAAAGUUUUCAGUUGUAAAUAUCCUCUUUUUUAGACGGCCGUGUAUAUAAAAUGUCAAGAUAGCCUGAAACUAGAUAAUAAAAUUAUCUGGAUAGAUGUUUCUGCUUUGUGACCCA